CAAACAAUAACACUACCGGGCGAGGUGACGCCCGAUUAAAUCUUAAAUAAAUUGCUUUUAUUUCGUUCUGGCGUCGUAAUAUUACGUAGUUGUCGUCUGAAACUAUCACAAUAAAACGUGUACAAUAUAAAACAGGUUUUACUACCGUUAAUAUUAAAAUUUUGAAGUAUGGUUAGAUAUUCUUCACCGGGCGCGGGAGUAUCAAACUAAAACUAAAAUAAUAAUCACACGGGCUCAUAUUAAUUCAACUCUGGCUUCUAGUGAAACAAAAAUGGUGUCUACAAGAGGAGUACGUUACAAAUUCACUGAGGGUGAACGUGUUUUAUGUUAUGAACCAGAUCCCACAAAAGCUAAAGUCCUGUAUGAUUCAAAGGUAUUAGAAGUGAUAGAAAGCAAGGACAAGCGGGGCAGGAGAUCAGUGGAAUAUCUGAUACAUUUUCAAGGCUGGAAUUCCUCAUGGGACCGAUGUGUGAGCGAGGAUUUUGUGUUAAAGGACACAGAAGAAAACCGGCAGCUACAACGAGAUCUCGCUGAGAAGUCACAAUUGCAACUUGGCGCCUACUUGUACCGGCGCGAGCGCAAGAAGGGCAGCGGCGCGGGCCCGGCCAAGCGCGUGCGCCACGGCUUCAGCGACGACGGCUCCUCGUCCAGCACGCAACCCGACGGUGAGCCUGCGACUAGCGACCAUAACAGUAGCCGAGGAAUGCCUACUAAUCACAUGCCUUCAGACGGAUCGACGGGUGACACGGACUCGUCCGUGGGCUCGGGUUGCAGUAGCCCGCACUCGCCGCCGCCGCACCAGGGCCGCGCGCACAUCACGCUGCCGUCCGCGCUCAGAGAUCGUCUGACGUUCGACUACCACCUGGUAGUGAAGCGCGGCCGGCUGUCGCGGCUGCCGGCGGCGCCGAGCGCGGCGCAGGUGCUGGAGUCCUUCGUGAAGUGGUUCGCGCGCGCCGGCGCCUGGCACCCGCAGCGCCCGAGGCACGACCCCCCCAUGAAGCCCGACUUGCGCGACGUCUCCUGCAGAUUGAACCUGGUACGCGAGGUGGCGGACGGGCUGCGCGUGUACUUCGACUUCGUGCUGCGCGCGCAGCUGCUGUACAAGCAGGAGCGGCAGCAGUACCACGAGCUGUGCGGCCAGUUCCUGCACGAAGAUGAGACAGAGGAGGAACUGAAAUCCGAGGCGGAGGAAGAAGGCGCGUGUAUAGACACGGCGGCGGGCGAGGCUGCGGACAAAGAGGACCCCGAGGAAAUCAAGAGCCCCAAGAUACCCGAGUACUCGCACUUGCCGCCCGACCCCACCGAGGCGGACCCACCCGCAGCAGCAGAAGAGCAGUCCAACCACGAGGAGCCGGCGGGCGCUAGUGAGGAAGCCAACAACAAGGAGCCCGCCAAGAGCGAGCCGAGCGCCGACGAGGCCGACAACAAGCGCGAGGCGCGCCCCGCCACGCGCAGCGGCAACCUCAACCGCAGGUUGCGGUCGCACAAGUCGGCGGUGUCGCAGUCUGAGAACGAGGAGCCCGCGCCCUGCACGUCCGCGGGCGAGCAGCGCGCGUUCGAGACUCUCUCCUCCAGCGUGGGCAGCAGCGGGUCGUCGCUGAGCGAGUGCUGGGCGCGGCCGGCGCAGGAGCCCGCGGCGCCGCCGACACGGACGCCGCUGUCGCUGCUGCUCGACAAGGUGGCCAAAUGGCAGAUAAUCCCUCGAGAGGGCACGGAGCAUCUCCCGUGCCGGGUCUACGGCGCCAUACAUCUUGCUAGACUCUUUGUGAAAUUACCGGACUUCUUAAAUGCAACGCAGAUGCCAGAUUUCAAAUUGAAACUCAUCCUAAAGCAUGUUGAUAUGUUUGUCCAGUACUUAGACGAGCACAGUGAGUGGUUCGGCGAGAUGUACUACAUAGCGGACAACGUGUCGCGGUCACAUUGAACAUAUCUACGUACUUUCAUCCAAAUAAUUACAUGGCAACUUCUAAGUAGAUUGUAAAUUGGUA